CGUCCCCCCGAGUCCCCCGCCGGGCCCCGGCGAUGGUGACACAUGCGGCGGCGGCGCGCCGGCGGCAGGACCAUGGUUGAGCGCGCCAGCAAGUUCGUGCUGGUGGUGGCGGGCUCGGCGUGCUUCAUGCUCAUCCUGUACCAGUACGCGGGCCCGGGCUUGAGCCUGGGCGCCCCUGGGGGUCGCGCGCCCCCGGACGACCUGGACCUCUUCCCGACGCCCGACCCGCACUACGAGAAGAAGUAUUAUUUCCCCGUGCGCGAGCUGGAGCGCUCGCUGCGCUUCGACAUGAAGGGCGACGACGUGAUCGUCUUCUUGCACAUCCAGAAGACCGGGGGCACCACCUUCGGCCGCCACCUGGUGCAGAACGUGCGCCUCGAGGUGCCCUGCGACUGCCGGCCCGGCCAGAAGAAAUGCACCUGCUACCGGCCCAACCGCCGGGAGACCUGGCUCUUCUCGCGCUUCUCCACCGGCUGGAGCUGCGGCUUGCACGCCGACUGGACCGAACUCACCAACUGCGUCCCCGGGGUGCUGGACCGACGCGAUCCCACCGCCCUGCGCACGCCCAGAAAGUUCUACUACAUCACCCUGCUGCGGGACCCAGUGUCACGCUACCUGAGUGAGUGGCGUCACGUGCAGCGGGGUGCCACAUGGAAGACAUCCCUGCACAUGUGUGACGGCCGGACGCCCACCCCCGAGGAACUGCCGCCGUGCUACGAGGGCACAGACUGGUCGGGCUGCACGCUGCAGGAGUUCAUGGACUGCCCCUACAACCUGGCCAACAACCGCCAGGUGCGCAUGCUGGCCGACCUCAGCCUGGUGGGCUGCUACAACCUAUCCUUCAUCCCCGAGGGCAGGCGGGCCCAACUGCUGCUGGACAGCGCGAAGAAAAACCUGCGCGGCAUGGCCUUCUUCGGCCUCACCGAGUUCCAGCGCAAGACCCAGUACCUGUUCGAGCGGACGUUCAACCUCAAGUUCAUCCGGCCCUUUAUGCAGUACAACAGCACGCGGGCUGGAGGGGUGGAGGUGGACGAGGACACCAUCCGGCGCAUCGAGGAGCUCAACGACCUGGACAUGCAGCUCUACGACUAUGCCAAGGACCUCUUCCAGCAGCGCUACCAGUACAAGCGGCAGCUGGAGCGCCGGGAGCAGCGGCUCAAGAGCCGGGAGGAGCGGCUGCUGCACCGGGCCAAGGAGACGCUGCCCCGGGAGGAGGCCGAGGAGCCAGGCCGGGUGCCCACGGAGGACUACAUGAGCCACAUCAUCGAGAAGUGGUAGUGGCUGUGGCUGCGAGUGCGAGGGCAAAGGGACAGGGACAGACGGAGGGACACACGCAGGCGUACAGGCGCACACAAACGUACACACACAGGCAUACACGCAUGCACAUAUGAAACAUACAUGCUCGCAGAUAGGAACAUGUAUGUCCACUCGUGUAGACACAGGCACCUCUGCACUCACCGAUACUCAGGACCACAGACACAUUCGGACACAUAUGGGAACAUACCAGGGGGACAUACUUUGACACGUGGGCCCACCUGAACUCCGACAAGCAUCCUGCAUCUCUCUCACCUCCAGGACCAUGUGUCUUGGGGAACAGAGGGCCAGGGCAGUAGCGGGCACAGGCUUGCUGCUUUCCGUCUCUCCUGGGCUAAGGGAAUCCCUGACACAACUUGGGGUUGCGGCCACUGUGUCCAAGCAGAGCGUGCUGACGGUCAUGCACUCGGUCAGCCUGCACAGAACCCAGGGUACCCCUCACUGUCACAGCAACCCCAGGGCGGAAGAAGAAAGUCGUAAGAGAGGGACCGCCUACCCUUCGGGUCGCCCUGCUCCCCUCCACCAGCCAGCAGACCUCAGCAGCUUCUCCAAGCACUGGCUUCUACCAGCUCAGGCAUCCCUGAGGGCCUCAUGUCCCCACCAGGAGCAUCAGGAUUGGGUGCCCAGACCCCCGAGAUGCCCAACUCCAGCCCCCAUGCUUAGACUGGAAAUCCCUCCUUCCAUGCCACUUGAGGGUUUGGGGAAGCUGUAACCAUGGGUGCUGUACCAGCUGACAUUGGGGUGACUUCCCACCUGGACCUGCUCAUGCAGGGGGCUGCAUGAGCCGCUUCUUCCUCACCUUCUGCCCCCACCCAUGGGCACAUCUUCAGGGCUCCCCUUCUGGUACCCCCCCAACCCCCACGCAGCAGUGUCAUCAGACCUUAGUGACAAGAGCACAGCACACCGCAGUCACGGCCCCUGAGCCAUAUGUGGGACCCCAGUUUUCAGGUUCUCCAUCAGGAGUAGAGAAAUUAUUCUGGGUGACUCUCCAACCGUCCACCAUCCCUAAUUCCCUGAAAGCACGUGGGCACGCACACACACACAAACACACACACACCACACAUACCCAGUCAGGCUGUGUGCCUGACAGCCCAACAGACUGGAAAAGCCAUGUUCCAUGCCUGUUUGCCUGUCUCUCCUGCUACCUGGGUUCUGGGGUGCUAGGAAAGCCCCACUGUGGAUGUAACUCCAGGAAGGCAGAGAGGGCCCUUGGCCCCGGGCAGACCAACCAGGGCAGGAGCCUCCCUACCAGAGCCACGAGGAGCCCCUUCCCACCUCCUGGGGCCCACUAAUGGGCAAGGAAUUAGAGCAGGGUGUGGGGGGCACCUGGAGCUGCUGGUUGCCUAGGACACUGCCCAGGAAAAUCCUGGUUUGGGUCCCACCAACAGCUUCAGUCUAGUACCAUCUGCAGCCUGGGCAGGCUAGGGUUAUGUCAUUUAGGGGUUCUUCCAAGGGAAGUGAAGGUCAGCAUGGGGCCUGCCCUGAUACUCACUUGGGAAGAAGGGGCACUGCCCUCCAGCUCUGGGUUCUCACACAAGCAUUAGAGAUGCUUCCCAGCAGAAGAAUGGAAAUCCCAGCCCUGAUAUGCCAGUUUCCAGAAGUUGGUACCCACCCCAAAGUGGUAUCCUGUGUGCAGGCCUAAGUGUGGGGCUGUUUUGUACAUAUGGGAAUGAAUGUUCAUUCAGACUGUGGUCCCUGUUGACAUGAAAACUGGGUCUACUCGGUUUCUUGGUUGCACCUGGCAGUGGGUUCCUUCUGGUGCCAGUUUCCCCCACUGUGUGUCAGCCCCACACUGGCCCCUGCUCUGCAGGAGAGGAUCUCCACCUCAGCCAUGUCUAUGGCAGUGACAGCCCUGGAGAGGAGCCCUGGGGAGUGGCAGGAUUAAUCUGAACUUUUAGGCAACUGGAAGUGUUUGACCUGAACCCAGGAGCACUUAAAGCUUUAUUUAUUUAUAGCUUCUUAAAAAAAAAAAAGUGUUGGAAAGAAACUCUUUGGUUAUUUGUAUAAACACAAAAGAAAGGAUGGUGGAAAAGCAAGUAAUCAUCUAAUUGUUUCUGUCUAGGUCAAGAAUGAAUGUUAGCUGAUGAAAUAAACCCUGAAAAGGAACAA